CAGAACAGAAAGCGAAACUCGUAAACAGCAGACCCGAAAUCUGCCUUUCGGUAUUUCAGUAACAGUUAAGGAAAUUUGCAAACCACGAGAGCGCUUGGUUUUGUUGUUCCCCGUCGGAAUGAUAGAUAGAUUUAAUUUUAACGCCGUCUCUUCUGCUUAGUUGGAGACAACUGGAAACCAGCGAAUUCUGAUGUAAUAUGAAAUGAAACUGCAGAGCUGCUACAGCCGCGAGGGCAGCGCCGCUGACAGACAGACUCCUCGUUCUCUCUGGGCAGCGCGGGCGCGUUAUGAACAGGGGUGGAGGCAACGCCAGAACACCCCGCCCUCCCUCCGCCUGCCAGCGUCGCCAGCCAACCCGCUGGCACCAACAGAACCAGCACAGCAGCUGGGCCAACCAGAACCAGCGCCCCCCGCCUCCUCUCUCCUACAGCAGCCAGCCUCCCCCGAGCCCCGCCCCUGACCCGGAAUUCCAGAGAAAGCAGGUCCAGUUCUUGACGGGUCAGAAUUACGAGGCCCCUCAGUUCUGGAGACAGCCCGGCACCCCAAGUCUUGAGCCUGGUAGGAAAGCUCUGUACGACAGAGGGGGUCCAAGUCACCCUCCUGCUUCCUCUACUGCGCAGCCUCUGAGAUACCCAGCUUCUCCGAACCAGAGCCCUAAUAACUCCUACAGCCACCCCCACCCUCACCACCACCCCUACCCCCAGCCUCAGCCUGGAGCCCCCCGAUACUGCCCCCCACCGAAAAGCUACGUCCGCCCCCCGCGCCAGUUCUUCCACCAGAACCACUACGUUCAAAACCAGAAGGGGCCGCCCCCCUCCAACGUCCGAUCGCUGACCGCCGGCUUUCGGAACCUGAGCUUGGGUCCCGGGAGAGACGUCCGGCAGGAGAUCCUGACGGUUUUGGGGCGCCUCCGUCCUGGGGAGACCUUGCCAGCCCGCUCGGUCGCCAAGCAGCUGGGAAUCAAGAAGAAGGAGGCGAAUCAUUAUCUGUACAAGCUAGAGGGGGAAGGGAGAGCCAGGAAACAGGACGAGAGCCCCCCGAAUUGGAGCCUGGUGGCUGGGGAGGCGAGUGGCGGCGGCAGCAGCGACCGCGGGAGCGGGAGAUUCGGUAACGAGGGUUCGGCAGACCCGAGGGGUGCGGUCAACAGGCCUGACAUCAGAAACAGGGAGUCUGUCUGCGUGGAAGAAGAGAGAGGAGAUUGCGAGGCGGAAUUAGAAGGCAGCGCCUUCAGCGAAGGAGAAGAAGACUUGGAAGAAAGUUCAUCCGAAGAAGAAGAAGAAGACGAGGAGGAGGACUUCAACAUGGCUGGAACUCGGGAGCGGAUCUGCGAGUAUCUGUACAAGUCCGGCAUGUCCACCCCGCUGAUCAUCGCCAAAAACCUGGGGCUCCGGACCGCAAAGCAGGUGACCCCCUCGCUCUGCUACCUGGAGAGGAAGGGAGAGGUGAAGAAGGACGCGGGCGCCAGCCCCCCAGCCUGGGACCUGAGCGACAAGAAGAGGGAGUUCAUGGAUCGGCACAGGAGAGCCGGGCUCGAACCCGCCACCGACCCCCCUCCGCCCUGCCAGGGGAUCCUGGGGCCGCGUUCGGAGAGCGAGGCGGGGAACGGGGCGCCGGAAGAGGAGGAGGAGGGAGAGAUGGAACUGCCGGCUUUGGAGCUGGAUCCCGGGGCUUCCGAUUCUGAUUCGGUCCCUCCAGACCCCCAGCCCCGCCCCCAGUCUCAACAGCCCCGCCCCCAGUCUCAACAGCCCCGCCCCCAGUUCCCGCCCCCUCCUCCGCCUCACUCCUUCUACGACAGCGCGGAGAACGGGCAGUGGGCCUCGGAUGACAUCCCGGAGUUUCUGAACGCGAUCGGGGCGGGCGGGGGGGCCGGGGGGGCCGGGGGGGCGGGCGGCAUCGCUCAGGAGCCGGGCCCGGGGGAGAAGCUGCUGGAGCUCCGGGGGAAGAACCCGGUGAGCGGGCUGAUUGAGUUCGCACAGCACACGGGCCAGAACUGCGACUUCCAUCUGCUGGAGCAGAGCGGACCCUCCCACGACCCACGGUUCCGGAUGCAGGUGGUCCUGGGGGGCCGCAGGUUCCCAGUGGCCGAGGCGUCCAGCAAGAAGACGUCGAAGAAGGACGCGGCGGCCAUAGCGAUGAGGGUCCUGCUGAGAGAGGCGGGGGGCGGAGGGGGCGACGAGACCCCCGGGAACCAAACGCACUCCCCGGAGACCUCUGCAGCACCAAUCGAGCCCGUGGCGGAGGCGGACCCUGACCCUGUCCAGUCCACCAGGUGUGUGCCGAUCGGGAAGAAUCCCGUCAGCAUGCUCAUGGAGUACGGACAGAAAUCGGGGAACUCCUGCGAGUUCCUCUCGGUGUCGCAGUCAGGACCCGCGCACGACCCCCGGUUCACGUUCCGGGUGCGUGUCGGGGAGCAGCUCUUCCCCCCUGUGGUAGCGAACAACAAGAAGCUGGCCAGGCAGCUCUCCGCGGAGGCAGCAGUGCAGGUCCUGAUGGAGGAGAACCCCCAGAACUUCUUCACAGUCAAGCAGCAGCAGCAGCAUCAGGUGAGCUUCGAGCCCCAGGCCCCAGCCCCCACGCUGAGCCCCUGCCCCUCGCUGGCCCCCCUGACCGUGCAGGAGCUGGAAGCGGCCCACGCGGCCGGGGUCGGUGACCUCAUCAACUACCUCAACAAGAACGCCAUCAGCGGCCUGCUGGAGUACGCACGCUCCAAAGGGUUCGCCGCCGAGAUCAAGCUGGUGCAUCAAGCAGGACCGCCGCACGACCCCAAAUUCACGUACCAGGCGAAGGUUGGGGGUCGCUGGUUCCCCCCUGUGUGCGCCAACAACAAGAAACAGGGCAAGCAGGAGGCUGCAGACGCUGCUCUGAGAGUGCUGAUCGGAGAGGCAGAGAAGGCAGUGCGGACUGGAGAGUUCAUAAUGGAGCUCCCGGUGAGUGGCAGUACCCUGCAUGAUCAGAUUGCCAUGCUGAGUCACCAGCGGUUCAAUGCUCUGACUGCCCGGAUCCAGCACUGCCUGCUGGGGCGCAAGAUCCUGGCCACCUUCGUCAUGAAGAGAGGGGAGGAGCACCUGGGCACCGUGGUCAGCAUGGGCACCGGUAACCGCUGUGUUAAAGGGGAGGAGCUGAGCCUUAAAGGGGACACUGUUAACGACUGCCACGCAGAAAUCAUCUCCCGGAGAGGAUUCAUCAGGUUCCUGUACAGCGAGCUGUUGAAGUACGACCCGGCGUCAAACGAGGGCAGCAUCUUUGAGCCUUCGGAAGGAGGGAAGGUUCGAGUGAAGAAGGGGAUCACCUUCCACCUCUACAUCAGCACUGCCCCCUGUGGAGACGGCGCUCUGUUUGAUAAGUCCUGCAGUGAUCUCCCAGCACCCCAGGGGUCCUGCCAGCAUCAGCCUCUCUUCGAGAACAUCAAGCAGGGCAAACUGCGCACCAAAGUGGAGAACGGAGAGGGCACUAUCCCGGUGGAGUCGAGCGACAUCGUGCCCACGUGGGAUGGGAUCCAGCACGGGGAGCGACUCCGCACCAUGUCCUGCAGCGACAAGAUGCUGCGCUGGAACGUGCUGGGCCUGCAGGGGGCGCUGCUCACACACUUCACUGAGCCCGUGUACCUGAGCUCCGUCACCCUGGGCUACCUGUACAGCCACGGUCACCUGACCAGAGCCGUGUGCUGCCGGAUGUCACGUGACGGCGACGCUUUCAAACAGUCCCUGCCAACGCCCUUCACUGUCAAUCACCCGCAGGUGGGGCGUGUCAGCGUGUACGACUCGAUCCGACACACCGGCAAGACGAAGGAGUCGAGUGUGAACUGGUGCCUCUCCGAUGAGCUCAGUGUGGAGGUGCUGGACGGGACCAAGGGCAAAGUGGACGGUGUGAAGCUGGCCGUGUCUCGCGUUUCGAAGAGCAGUUUGUUCCAGCUGUUCCGGGCGCAGUGCUCCCGCGCGGGGAGGGGGGACCUGCUGGCCCUCCCCUCGUACCGGGACGCCAAGCAAGCCGCCCAGCCCUUCCAGAGAGCCAAGGAGAGCUUCGUGAGAGCCCUGCAGGACAUGAGCUACGGGAACUGGAUCUGCAAGCCAGUGGAGGAGAAGAGCUUCAGCUACGACGAGGUCUAGAGAGAGAGAGGGGGGAGGGGGAGAGAGGGGGCCCUGAAUCUCACCCAAAUCCUGACCCUCACCCCCUUUCCUGGGCAGUGUACUAAACCCCCCCUCUACUGUAGACCGCGAGGAAACUGAAUCGGCCCAUAGAAAGCUUUGUGGAGGAGCAUUUCUAAGCAGUUUGUGCUUGAAAAUGCAACCCCCUACUCCCCUUGCAAACGAGUGGCUUGGAGUCCUUGUAUAUAUGACGGAUCCACACUGUGUUCUGCUGUUUCAUAGUAAUGUUUAUUUUCCAGACAUGGGACCCAUAAGACCUCCCGCCCAAUUGCACAGCAGUGUGAUCCAGUCCUGGUUUCACUGUGAGUUUAAUAAUAAGACACACCUGAGCUUGUUAGCUAGACACACUGGGGCUGAUCAAGCUGGUUGUAAAACCUGGACUGGGUGACACUGCUGUGCAAUAGGAGUCUUAUUCCCAUGCCUGUACUGUGAUCUUAAUUUUGCUUUAAAAAAAGCAAAUAUAUAUCUUAUUGGUCCGAAAGAAAAUGGGACAGUACCCCCUCCCCCCGCCCUCCCCCCCUCCCAUCUCCUAGAACAAUUAACUACCCCUUCUCAGUUUAAAAAAAACUAAAAAACUAACAAAAAAAACUGUUGUAUAUCGUAUUCUAAUGUUGCAUUCCUUAAUACCGUGUUGUCAAGCAAGCGCCUCAGUUCAUCUACCCUCCCAACCCUUAGCUCCGGAAGCGUGCGUGUGCGUGUGCGUGUGGUGGAAUGGGUGUUAACUAACAUCGUACAGCUGUCAGGGACGGGAAUCGGACUCCUAUUGCACAGCAGCGUCACCCAGUCCAGGUUUCACUGCUACCAGCUUGAUCAGCCCCAGUGUGUCUAGGUAAUAAGCUCAGCUGUAUCUUAUUAAACUCCUAGUGAAACCAGGAAUGGAUCAAACCGCUAUGCAACAGAAGUCUUAUUCCCAUCCCAGUAGGUAGAUAGUCGUUGGUUGAAGGAGGGUUUUAGCUGAUUUUAUAGAAGACAGCGACAGUGUAUUGGUGGUAGCAGUGAGACAGAUAGAUCAGGGAUGGAAGCAAGACUCCCAUUGCACAGCAGUGUCACCCAGUCCAGGUUUCACUGCUACCAGCUUGAUCAGCCCCAGUGUGUCUAGGUAACAAGCUCAGGUGUGUCUUAUUAUUAAACUCCUAGUGAAACCAGGACUGGAUCACACUGCUGUGCAGCGGGAGUCUGAUUCCCAUCCCAGGGACUGGGGGGCUGGUUAGGGUAUGUAUUGUGCAUGCUCUGUGUACUCUUUGUGAGACCGUGUGGAUACGAAGCAAUCCUUUUAUUUUUUAUGUAAAUUUUAUAUUUCGAUUUGAAACUGACUACUGAGUUGAUAGCAAUGUGAGUUAAUUGAAUUGCACAGGAUCUGACCGGCCGAGAGUCCCGAGGAAAGCUGUGAUGCUUUCUGUGCACGACACAUCGUUAUGAGGAGCGUGGGUCGCGUUACAAGACCUCGGCACAGCUCGGCACAGCUCGGCACAGCUCAGCACAGCUCGGCACAGCUCGGCACAGCUCGGCACAGCUCAGCACAGCUCGGCACAGCUCAGCACAGCUCGGCACAGCUCGGCACAGCUCGGCACAGCUCACCAAGAGAAUCCCGAUGUGAAGGAGCAGAGCGUUCGAUAGCUGGGGAUGAAUAGACACUCUCUCGCGAGCUCCAGUAGUUUUAUUUUUUGUCUUUUAACAAAAUGGUCCAUCGCUCAAGCAUCCUUUUUGAUCUACAGUGAUCCUUCGUGUUUCUCUAGUAACUAUGUUAGUAUUGGUCGUGCGUUUUGUUUUGUUUUCCGGUUGCUGGAUUCAUAGCUGGGCGGAGCAAUGACAAGGGCAGAAAUAUUUUUAAUUUUUAAUAUAUUUUUUUGUUUUUGUGGAUGUUGACCGUGUUUUGGAUGCUGGGUGUGUGUUUUUUUUACUGGAGUGGAAACUCAGUUUAGAAGCUACAUUGUUGGCUAAACCCCAGGUCUGGAUUAAAUUAUGGCGGGUGCCAUCGCCGUAUAGUAUUUCUAUGGCAGCGCCUUAACAUUUAAUUUAGACCCCAGUUCUGCCGAAAUGGCAUCUAGUGUGGUUUAAUAAAGGUUAUAAAUUGUGUCUACUAGAAUUACAAAUACACACAACACUCGAUCCAUCGUUUCUAGGGUGCGGUUUCUUAUUUCGUAUCGAGGCUCCCUAAACAAAAGCGCCUGAAGGUUCUGUGUUUGCAGAAUUCAUAAGUUCUGUUUUUAGAGGUUUUGCGGUUUAACUUAAUUUGAGUUUAUCAAAACAGUUUUAGUUCGAGUUAGAAUUUAAAUUACAGGUUUUUAAAAAAAAUACAUGCUCCAAAAAAAACAAAACAGUGACAGAGUGGCCUGUCUUCAAACUAGGACAGUGGCGCUUCGUGGGUUAAUAAUGUGUUGGGCUGAUGAGCGAGACUUUCCUGGACAGCGCGCAAGGGGUUAAGUGCGAGACUGUCGCCUGAAGUCAGUUAUGUGUGUUUAUUGUGUUUUUAUUUGAUGUUUUUUUUCAUUGCUUAUAAAUAUGGUUUUAAACUCUGUAGAGAGUUCGCUGAUGUACUCUGAUUUUUUUAAUUUUUAUUGUUUUUUUCUAAUCCCUUUUUUUAUUUUAUUUUAUUUUAUUUUUAAGAGGCCAGGCUGGUAUGGAAUCUGUAACACUUGGUUGUAGAGUUUUUGUUUUUAUUAAUAAAAUUAAAAAAAAAUAAUAAUAA